CGCGAAUAUCGCAGUGAAUUAUUCAGCAUAUGCAAUAUUCUGUCGUCAUCGAUUCAUCAUCCAUACGCAUUUCAUCCAGAGCCAUCUAGGUAUAAAUAAUCAUGCGUUCAUCCAAGUCCAUCAUCCAAACGCCCUUGACAGUAAUCUCACAAGAUGGUCAAGUUAUACGGCUUUCCCUCUACCACAUGCACGCGAUUUGUCGCUCUCAUCUGCAAGGAGAAAAAUAUCCCAUAUGAGUUGAUCCAUGUCAACUUGGCCAAAGGUGAACAGAAGCAGCCGGCUUUCACCGCGAUUCAACCUUUUGGACAGAUCCCAUACAUUGAUGAUGAAGGGUUCAUUCUAUACGAGUCCCGUGCGAUUGCAAGAUACCUCAUCAAGAAAUAUCCCAACGAGGGCACUCCUUUGAUUCCCAGCGACCCCAAGGCCGAGGCAUUGUUCGAACAAGCAGCUUCGAUCGAGGCGUUCAACUUCACCGCCUUUGUCGCGCCAAUUAUCGCUGAAAAAGUGUUCAACCCGUACUUUGGUUUGCCUCCAAAUGAGGAGCGUGUCAGCGAGCUGUUGGCUAGUCUCCUGCCCAAGUUGGAUGCAUAUGACUUCAUCCUGAGCAAACAGAAGUACCUUGCUGGUGACUCUGUCACGCUCGCCGAUUUGGCGCACUUGCCAUAUGGCACUGCGUUUUACGAACUCGGAGCUGAUUUUGCUGAGGUGUUUGACAGUAGGCCUAACCUUGUCAGGUGGUGGAAGGACAUCUCUAACAGGCCUGCUUGGCUCGCCGUCAAGGAUGGUGCGUGAGGUCUUGUUCAAUAGGUCAGGGAAACGUUCGGAAAGCAGUGCAGUCCCGUUGUAUGUAAUACUAAUAGAAC